GUAGCAAUCACCUCUAGCAGGACCUUUAAGAUGAUGCGAAAAUGCACAUUUAUUUGGUGGAGGAAUAUUUUGGACUACUUUUCUCAUCUAAAAAGGAGAGUUGGUGCUUCAGUUGACCAAAUGGACGGCAUUGUGACUGUUACCCAAGGAGGACACAUCUCAAUCGACUGCCACUAUGAAAUGUCUUCCGAUUACCGAGCAACUCCAUUCUGGUACAUUCAGCCUCUUGGUGAACAUCCCAGGCUCCUGCUGAGUGAUUUUGGGAAUGGGAAUUUGAGUGAACAGUUCCAUCAAGGUUUUGAGGCUAAGCAUGAGAGGAAAAAUAAGACUUACAACUUGGAGAAAAAGGCCAGCCAACUGAAUGAUUCGGCUGUCUAUUUUUGUGCUUGUAAUUCAGAUUACGUGGGCUCCAAACUCACCUUUGGAAGAGGAACGAAUCUGAAAGUCAUCCCAGAUCUUGACCCUUCUCCCCCUUCUGUUUAUAAACUGAAGCCAUCUUCUGAAGAAAAACAAGGCAAAGCUGCUUGCCUUUAUACCGACUAUUCUCCCAACCCUCUCAAGGUCGGGAUCAGGAAAGAGGAUGUGAAGGAUGUCAAUGGCUCAGUGGUUGUUGUGAAGGAAGACAAAUCUGAGAAGGGAGCUGCCAGCUAUGGCCUUGUUUUAUGGGACAACGAUGAUGACAAUUUUCACUGUCCUGUGAGCACAGAAGACCCAAAAGGUGAUUCAGACACCUGUUUAGAAGAGGAUGGUGGCAUCACUUUUGAAACAGAUGAGAGGCUGAAUCUCCUUUCUCUCACAGUUCUGGGACUGAGAGUUAUUUUCCUCAAGACGGUGUCUUUCAACCUUCUGUUCACUUUCCGCUUGUGGUCCAGAUGAGUUUGGUGAUGAAAGAAAGAAAAAUGGUGACUAUAUCUGGGAUGCUGCAAAGAAAAUACGCACCUGGGAGCAAACACGGAGAAGAAUGCUUGUACUUGGUCGGAGAGCUCCAGCAUUCCCACAUUUCUAUACCAGCUACAGAGACUGUACAUAUUUUCUUUUGGAAAGGAAUGCUUCCACUUCUAAAUUUCUUCUUGCUGCACAGAAGAUCCAAGCUGGGACGGAAGUUGUACAAAAAAGUUGAAAUCCUGCUUUGUUCUAUUUUAUCAUUGCUAUCUUUUAAACAUCACCUACUGAAACCUCUUGUAUUUUUACUUGUUAUUAAAAUGUCUGUAUUCAGA